AUGAAACUGGAUUUUCCUGAUUUUACCAGAGCAGCAUCCUGGGAUAAUAUUUCUGAUUUUUACAAUAAUCAAUCGUUUCUCAAAACAACACAAUCCUUGUCCCACACAAAAUACACUAUUUUUCCCUAUUUGAUGCAUCUGGGUUUGGGUGUGAAAUAUGCUGAAUGGUUUGAGUUGAAAAAAACAUCGCAUAGUGUGAUUUUGCAUAGAAAACAGGCUGUAAAAGAAAAACAUUGGGAGUACAAUAGUACUUUUUCUGUAGCUCCACUUACAAAUGAUAUGCCUUCACACGAUGCAAUUGCUUUACUACCCUCUAAUCGUUCCUAUUCCACUAAUGUGUGGUACGACAGGGUUGCCAUUAUGUCGACUCGUGGCUAUGUGAAUAUUUAUCACAAUGCAGAAUGGAUUACAAACUUUUAUCACAUUGCCACAAACAUCGAAAAGUUCCCUCUGUUCUCUGCUUUUACUAUUGUUAAUCCUACACUUAUAGAAGGUGAUCCUCGAUCCAAAUGGGUACUGUCCUAUAUUAAUGAAACACUAAGCAUGUUUCCACCUGAAAUUCGACCAUUCUAUGUUCCAUAUUCCUCCUUCUUUGAACAACACGAUCAUAUUUGGUUUCGACGUGCUAUAUUCUUAUUUAUUAACACACCGGUUCUUGAUAUGUUUCUUUCAGAUAUUGAGCCACUUCUUGUGAAGAAAAUAGCUUAUCGUUACUAUGGCAUUUCCGAACUAAUCGCAAAGCCAGAUAAGCUGAAAUUACUUUAUAUUGCACGCCAAGGAGAGUGGAGACAAAUUCUAAAUGAAAGAGAUAUGAUAAGAAAUAUCACAUCAAAGUGUAAAGAUGUUGUGGAAUUUGAGAAAGCGUAUUUUGAACGAAAUACUCAUCGUAUGCAAGUAUUAUCAAUGCGAAGCACGGAUAUUUUGCUUGGAUAUCACGGAGCUGCUUUUGUAAAUAUAAUGUUUAUGAUGCCGUAUUCUGGAUUUAUUGAAUUCUUUUCUCCAUUGCUGAAGCCUCGGUAUUAUGAUAUGAUGGCACAAAAGACGCAAUUGGCGUAUCGAAGUUUGACGGGGAAUAAUAUUGAUCUGUCAAAGAAACCACCACGUGAUGGAAGAAACAUCAAUAUGUUUAUUGAUGUGAAUAUGGUAGUGGAAUAUGUAAAUGAGUUGGUUGAAAUAGUGAACAAGGAAAAGUAUAAAAUUGUAAGUGUUAUUUAA